AUGUCAGGAAAUGUUUGUAUGGUUAAUGGCGAGGCAGAGUUUGAAAAGUAUUUAAAUUCAAACGAAUUGGUGGCAAUGUAUUUUACGGCUACAUGGUGUGGACCAUGCAAAUUCAUCAAGCCAUUUAUCGAGCAAUUUGGUGAGAGUUAUAAAAACAUUCAAAUUUGCAAAGUAGACCUUGAUACAAAUAGCCAAUUAGCAUCCAAAUAUAUGAUUACAAGUGUCCCAAACUUUUUAUUUUUUUAUAAAAAGAAUAAAGUCAACCAAAUUACUGGGGCAAAUCCUCAAGAAUUAAAUUCAUACUUUGCGACAUUCAGUCAAUUGAGUCCAAAUGCGGUAAGAAGUGGUGACAUAAAUUCAAGAGCCAGGGGAUCAAGCAAAAAUGCAGUCAUAAGAGAAGCUGAUAAAUUGGGAUUGAUUCCAAAGGGUUUUGAAGUGCUAAAUGACUCGAUUGAUUUUUCAAAUUUUGAAGCUUUGAAUGUCUUAGCAUUGGUCAAGAAUAAAUCAAAAGUUAGAAACCUAUUGAAAUUGGUUGACGACAACAAAGAAGUGAAAUAUUCUAGCGUUAUUUCUGAUGCAGACUCGCAAAUAAAUAUGUUUAUUCCUUUCCAAAACAUAUCGAAAAUUCAUUCGGUGUUGGUCAGAUUCAAACCAAUAUCCAAGACCAUCGAGGAAUCAAAUGAGGGGGAUGAGUUAGAAGAUUUGGAAUAUGAUGAAUUGCAAAAACCUAAAAAAUUGAAAAUAUGGAACAACUUGCCCAACAUGUUGUCCUUUGAAGAUGCGGAUUCCUUAACCAAUUUCCAGCAUCUAGAAGAGCUAGAUGAAGACAAGUGGAUCAAAGUCAGCGGAGAUGAUGAAGAAACAGAAGAAUGGUAUGUUGCCAAACUCAAGUAUGUUAAAUUUCAGAAUUGUAAGUCACUCAAUGUUUUUAUCGAUGGUGAGGAUGAGGAUAACCACACUCUGUUGGACAAGAUCUUGAUAGUGGGCGUAAAUGGGGAGACCAGACAGCAAGGAACCAUUAGCAAGAUCAGCGAAGAAGAGUAG